AUGUUGUGUUACAUAGGUAAAGCUACAAAGAUAUUCAUUUUCAUAAUCUCUGUAAUCAUAAUAACUGGUCUUGUAAUUGGUUUCGGUAUCAUCCGACAUCACACCAAUCCUAAAUCUCAUCAAUGCUCCGACGCCCAAGAUUGCUCAUUUUCCGACUACUCUCCGCCGCCACAAUUGCCAUUUCCGUCAUUACCUGCUUCUCCUUCUAAUCCAUCGGAUUCUACUGUGAAUUCCAGCUCACCACCGCCGCCACCACCACCGCUGCCGGAAAGUUCUCAACCUCCACCAUCAACACCGACGCCGGUCAAUAAUCCAUCACCACCGCCUCCCCCAGCUCUUCCGCCAGCUACUGUAGUUGCACCACCGGCUGAUGUAACGGCUGCUCCGCCACAAGUGUUUAGUCCGCCGAGUCCAGUUCAGGUGUCUCCUGGUCCUGUGAAUUCUUGA